AUGGAACCAAUUAGGUCAUCAGUAACGUCUCUAAAUUCAGAACGAAGCACAGCUCGUUGGAAUUUCUUAAAUCGUUCUUCCCGUCUUUCUGGAAGAAACAUCCCUCCAAAUGUUUCUUCUAUAGACUUAGGCAACCGAGAAAACCAUUUAGUAGAUAAUGCAUAUAUCCUGCAAGGUCAGGAUCCUAAGGUUAUGUCUGAACAUGUGGUUGGUUGUACAAAUGACAGGAACAGCCCACAAAAUACAAUUUCAGCUCCCAGAUUACUCAAAUCAUUGUCAGCAAGAUUCACUUCAACCCAUUUGCCUGCUCAAUUGGAAAGUGAUAGUUCGAGAGCCAGCGGUACCAAGGGCACAUUUAGUCCUGUCAGGAAGAUGUUUCAUUCAUUUUCUAAUUCCAAGUCUCGGAGAAGCCCGUUAAGUUCCAGUAACGAGCCCGUAAACCAAACAAUAAGUGAGCAUGUUGGCCUCAAGCAUGACAAAAAUACUCGCAAAUCCCUAUGGCGUGACUUCUCAAACAAGUCGCAUAAUUCAGAAUACAAUUCUCAAUCUGAAAAGAAAGGGAACAACAAUUCGACUUUGCAGUCUAAUCCAGCACACCUGCAUGGCAUUCUCAAGUUGGAGAAUGAACAUGGGGUGCCUCUUUACGAGUUUUCUGUGAAGUGUCCAGAAGAUGUUUACAUCGCAAAGACACAGCAAGAGGAAAAUGCUUUAACUUUGGUCUACACAUUUCAUUCACUUGACCGUAGAAGCAAGAUCAAUGAUAGUGGAUGGGGAUCAAAAGAUUCCAAUAGAGAUUCCUCUAUGAUAGGGCAGAUGCAAGUUUCCUGCUAUUUUCAAACUGAAUUAAAAGUUGCUGGAGCUUUCGAAAACUCUAUGGUGACAGAGUGUGUGUUAUGUGACAUUGCCCAUCCAAGAACAAGCGCUUCAUCUCAAGAUGCUUCUAGCUCUUCUCCAGAUGUCGUUAAAUCACAGCUCAUUUCUGAUGAAAUUUCGUCCUUGACUUCUAAGCAGUCGCAACAAAGUGGCCAAUUUGAUUCCUUGACUAAUCCUCUGGUAGCAGCAAAAUUGCAUCCGGAGCUUGAACUUGCAGCUAUUAUUAUAGAAGUCCCAGUCAAGAAGAAAGAAAACCUAAACUUAAAAGGCCGGGAUAGAGCUGAUGAUAAGCCACUUCAGAAUAGAAAGGCCUCAACAUCUGACCGUGCAAGUCCUGGAAAGAUUCAUGUAGUGAUUCCAUCCGGAAGCCACAGUUUGCAAAGUACUGAAAGUUGUGGCCCUUCAUCAUUACUAGAUCGAUGGAGGAGAGGUGGAGGAUGCGACUGUGGUGGCUGGGACAUGGCAUGCCCCCUCAGUAUUUUUGGCAAUGGAAACAUUCAAAUUGCUGGGGGCCUUAUCCUCAUAGACAAUCAGCAUCCAUUGAAACUCUUUGUUCAGGGGAAGAAUGAUAAUGCACCAGCCUUGACAAUUAGGGUGAUUGAUGAUGGACAAUAUGCAGUUGAUUUCCAUGCACAGUUAUCCUCAUUACAAGCAUUCUCCGUUUGUGUUGCAAUUUUGCAUACUGCAGAAGCCUCUAUCAUUGUUGGGCAGGAACCGAACAAACAAAAGUUGCAACGCGAUUCAUUGAGCGUAUUUUCCAAGAAAGAAAUAAAAAAUUUGAUUAAUUCGGGAACAGAGGAGAAGAAAUCUAAAGUUAACGAGAAGGAAGAAGUUUUGCCAUCUUUUGUACUCAAUCCACCCUUCUCUCCGAUUGCUCGAGUAUAA